UUAUUAUUAUUAUUAGGUCAGUUAAGUUAGUAUUUAAUAAUUAUAUGAUGAUGAUGAUGAUGAUAUCUUAUGCGGAGUAAUAAUAUAUUAUAUAUGCCAUCAAAUGAGAUAUCAGAUCAAACACUGCCACAAAAAAAGGAAGGGAAAAAAAAUCAACAUUAGCCUUAUUCAAAUGUAUUUUCCCCAAGCGGUUUCUGUUCUGCGCAUUCAGCGCGCAUAUUUGACGCUCUAAACGUAUUUACAUUUGUUGUCAUGCGCGUGUCCGAUGUAAACUGUUGUCACAAGUAACUCAUGCUGCUCACUAAAGAUGCUUGAAUAAUGCUUAUGUCUUCUAGCUAAUGCAUUCCCAAAUUCUCAGUUUUGUACGACUAUCUUUAUUUCCACUCGUGCGUCCCUCAGCAUUGUGCAGUCGGUCGCGGAAAAACCCACUUUGCAGCUACGUCUCUGAUAGCUUUUACUCACAAUACAACAAUAUGCCUAAAAAGGACAAGACGAGCAAAAGCAACCCAAAACCACCGGAGACACCGCCCGGCCCGGUUACUAAAGUUAAAGACGGGACAAUUGCAAUAGCAAUACAUGCUAAACCCGGGGCCAAACAAAACGCAAUCACUGAUGUGUCUGAGGAGGCGGUGGGGGUCGCCAUUGCUGCACCGCCGACAGACGGAGAGGCCAACGCCGAGCUGCUGAGAUAUUUAUCCAAAGUCCUGGAGCUGAAGAAGAGUGAAGUAUCGUUAGAUAAGGGCUCCAAGUCCAGAGAAAAGGUUAUCAGGGUGACUGCAGCUGUCAGCCAGGAAGAAAUCUUGAAGAAACUGAGGACAGAAGCUAGUGGUUGAUACUGAAGUGAAUUGUUUGUUUUGGGCCACAUGUUCCAGGAUAACAAAGGGGGGGAAAAAUCAAUCAUUUUCUACAUGUCAUGGUUUGCAUCUUAAAACCAUGCAAUAUUAUAUUUAGAUUUUGUCAAAUAAAAAGCAAUUUUUAUUUUUA